AUGUCUUCAUUCUUCCGCAGUCCAUCUCUGGUGUAUGGCGCCGCCAUCGGCCUCCGCGUCAUCCUCCUCUUCUACGGAGCCUGGCAAGACGCAAACUCCCCCGUCAAAUACACAGACAUCGACUAUAUGGUCUUUACCGAUGCAGCACGCUACGUCUCUCGCGGUGACUCCCCCUACGCCCGAGACACGUACCGCUACACGCCUCUGCUGGCAUGGAUGCUCCUCCCAACCACGUGGGCAAUCCCGGGCUUCUUCUCCUUCGGCAAGGCGCUCUUCGCCCUGUCUGACGUCGUGGCGGGGUGGCUCGUUGCGAAAUCGCUCAUCUUGACGCAUCAGAUGAGUCCCGAGCGCGCCCUCAAGUAUGCGAGCUUCUGGCUGCUGAACCCCAUGGUUGCGAAUAUCAGCACGCGCGGGAGCUCCGAGGGGUUAUUGGGCGUGCUUGUCAUUGCGCUGCUUUGGGCAGUCUUGAAUCGGAGGAUUACCCUUGCGGGCAUCUUGCUUGGUCUCGGUGUACAUUUCAAGAUCUACCCAUUCAUCUAUGGCGUUUCGAUCAUUUGGUGGCUUGACAACACCAAAACCAGUGCCAGCACCUCGGAAUCUCGGGCAGCCGAACCCAAAACCAACCCCAGCACCACCACCACGACCCCUGUCACGGCGCAGAUCCUCGCCUUCAUCACCCCGUGUCGCAUCCGGCUCACCGUAGUCUCCCUGCUCACAUUCGCGGCCCUCAACGUAGGCAUGUACCUGCGCUACGGCACCCCGUUCCUCCAGCAUACAUACUUCCACCACCUAACGCGCAUCGACCACCGGCACAAUUUCUCGCCGUAUAGCACGCUGCUCUAUCUCUCUGCUGCCGCUGAUGGUACCGAGGGUGGUGUUGAUGCGAGUGGGAACUUCGAGUCCCUAGCCUUCAUCCCGCAGCUCCUCCUCUCUGUCGUUCUCAUCCCGCUCGUUCUAGGGAAGAAGGAUCUGCCUGGGACGAUGCUAGCGCAGACAUUUGCGUUUGUGACGUACAAUAAGGUUUGCACGAGCCAGUAUUUCCUCUGGUACUUAAUCUUCCUCCCCUUCUACCUCCCCACUUCAUCGCUCCUGCAGAAGCCGAGAUUGGGUCUUCUGGUUGCGGCGCUGUGGGUUGCUGGUCAGGCUCUCUGGCUGCAGCAAGCCUUCUACCUCGAGUUCCUGGGCGUCUCAAGUUUCGUCCCGGGGCUGUUCCUCGCGUCGCUAGGGUUCUUCGCGGUCAAUGCGUGGAUUUUGGGCAUUAUUGUUGCAGAUGUUGGGAGGGGGUGA